GUGACGACGCAGAGUUUCCUGUUGUUGUCGCCUGCGAUUCACUUGAUGCGAGUCAUUGCGGUACUUCCGGUUCUCGGUGCGCUUUUCCCUCAUUCGAAUAGUUGGAGGCUGAAAUUUCUGGACUUCCUCUUCGCUGUUCUGCCAAUCGUAGCUUUGUGCAUCGUUGGAGAACCCUGGAUUUGCUGCCUCAUUUUCCUAGUCAUCGGUAAAUGGCUUUAUUGGAGACCGAAGAUGAAGUCUUUGGACGACGUCGUUUUGGACAAUGCUCUGCACAUUGGACGCGGAUUGCCGCUGUUUGGCACUUGCAUGGUGAUUUUAGCCGUGGAUUUCCGCGCCUUCCCGCGAAUUUUAGCGAAAACUGAAAACUUUGGCUAUGCAUUCAUGGACGCUGGAGUUGGAUGCUUUGUUUUCGCCAAUGGAUUGUUCUCCCCGUGGGCCAGGAAUUUGCCUUCAUUCCAGAGGGAAUCGAGCGUUGAAGAUUUUCCGCAACUUUUGGAAAGAACCCGACGAGUUCUCAAGAGCUGUUCUCGUUUUUUGCUUUUGGGACUCCUGCGAGUCUUGGCUGUGAAAUCUACGAAUUAUCAAGAGCAUCAAACCGAGUACGGGGUUCAUGGCAACUUUUUCUUCGUCCUCGCAGGGCUGAGGCUAUUUUCCGGAGUUUUUGAUCCCAUGCUGAAUCGGUGGCAAGUUUCCCCUGAAUUUUUGUCGUGGGUUCUGAUUGCGGUGCAGGAAUUAGGUCUCAAGCUCGGACUUGAAAACUGGGUACUCGAAGCUCCGUUGAAUCGGGCAGAACUCGGUUUUGUGAGUCAGAACCGAGAGAUUUUCGUGUCAUUCUUGGGCUACGCGGCUUUGUAUUAUGCUGGAGUGAACUUCGGGAAAUGGGUUCGAAAUCGUCAGCGACGGUACAGGAAUUCCUUGACUUUUGGCGAGAAGUUUGUGGCGCUUCAUUUGGCUUCGAAUGUUAUUUUCGGCUAUUUCAUGCCGUCCAGGCGACUCAUGAAUUCGGCGUACUUCUUUUGGAUGGUGUUGGCGAAUACCAUCCACUACCGGAUCUGCUUGUUGAUCGAAGAAAUAUUUUAUAAUCGCGUCUGCAAAAUCAUUUCGGUGCAAAUCGUGUCGCAGAAAACAGCUAUACAAACCGCUUGCAGCAUAAUUUCGGGAUCCUCAAGCCCCUUUCUUCGGAAAUUUUCCAGGAAUGGAAUGUUCGUUUUCCUAGUUGCAAACCUUUUCACCGGAUUGGUGAAUUUGAGCUUUAAUACCCUGAGUGUUGGUGGUGUGAUGACUGCUGUGAUACUUUUCUGCCAUGCGGCUUUACUCGGGAUAUCAUCCGAGGUUUUCGAAUACUGGAUGCCUGGAAAAGGACAUCAUAUUCCGUCACUAGUGACAUCUGACGAGAAAGGUGGGAAUGGAGACGGCCUGAAAAAGCGACCAGAGGAACCAAACAGUUUUCCCAGAGAAGACGAUUCUGAGCUGACGAAGAUGAACGUCGAGCAGUUUCAGUCCUAUUUUCAAGACAGUGAUUCUGAUGCAUAGUGAUGAGGCAUGUGUCUUCAAAUGACCUUGACGACGUUUCACGAAGAAUUCAAGAUCAUCGCUGAUCCACUAGACGUCGCGAAAACCACGACAGAAACAUAAAAUGUGGGCUGUGUAUCCUUGACUUGACCGGAGCUUCGCACUGGCCUUGCUAGAUGUCGCUGCAUGUAAAUAACUGCAUUCAAAAGUUGAUUUUAUGAAGAGGAAACUUUUUUUAAGGGACUUGAGUAUGAAGCGAAUAUUCGUGAGAUUCAAUUGAUUUUCUUGACGGGAUUCAGAAGAAGCGUGUUCACUUCGGCGGUUCCAUUGAUGAAUUCACGACUGAAGUUCCCAAAAAACUUCUUCGGGGGUGAAAAAGG